AGGCGGAAUGGGGGUGGGUGAGGAGGUGGAGCUCAUGUGACUGUUCCCCUUUUCCCCCUCCCCUAUCUCGCCCCCACCGCGUGAUCCCUCGGGGGCCUCCUCUUUUCCGGCCCCCUAAAGCUGCUGAGCUUUAAACUCCUUACACGCGGGUGGGCUGGCUCCAGACUCCUAUUCGGACAGCGCUAGGCUGCGCUCGCUCUGAGCACCUUCUGCAGCAGCGGGUGCGCCGCACUGCUUGCCUACCGGUAGGGAAUGGGGCUGUGGGGCUGCUGGCUGCUGCCGGUUCUCCUCUUCCUCCUCUCUGGAGCCCAGUUUGCCUCCUCCGACACACCCGCAAAUUGCACUUACUCCGAUCUGCAGGGUACCUGGGUUUUCCAGGUGUCUAAGGGGCAGGGGCCCCAGGACAGCCGCAUCAACUGCUCUGUGUUGGGGCCACCAAGAAAGAAAGUGGUAGUACACCUGCAGAAGUUAGAUGUGGCAACUGAUGAAUUCGGCAAUUCUGGUUUCUUCACAAUCAUUUACAAUCAAGGUUUUGAGGUUGUGUUAAAUGACUACAAAUGGUUUGCCUUUUUUAAGUAUAAGAAGGAAGGCCACAAUGUGACAAGUUACUGUCAUGAGACACUUCCUGGAUGGGUACAUGAUGUUCUGGGCAAGAACUGGGCGUGUUUCACUGCAAAGAAGCUUGUAAGCACUGCUGAAAAUGUACAUGUGAAUGAGCUACCCCCCAGGAAACACAAGGAAAGGUAUUUACAGGAACGUUACAAAUAUAAUUAUGACUUUGUGAAUGCCAUCAACACUGCCCAGAACUCCUGGACUGCUGCCGUGUAUGAGGAAUAUGAAAAAUUCAGUCUGGAUCAAAUGAUUAAGAGAAGUGGUGGCCACAGUGAUCCAUUCCCCAGGCCAAAACCUGCACCAUUGACCCAUGAAGUACUUCAAAAAACUUUAACUUUACCAAAGUCUUGGGACUGGAGAAAUGUUAAUGGUGUCAACUAUGUUAGCCCUGUUCGAAACCAAGGAAACUGUGGCAGCUGCUAUGCGUUUGCUUCCAUGGGUAUGCUGGAGUCAAGAAUUCGUAUCCUAACCAAUAAUUCCCAGUCUCCAGUGUUAAGUCCCCAGCAGAUCGUGUCUUGCAGCGAAUAUUCUCAAGGCUGCAAUGGUGGCUUCCCAUAUCUCAUCGGGGGAAAGUACGCCCAAGAUUUUGGGCUGGUGGAAGAGGAAUGCUUUCCCUAUGAGGCCAGCGAUUCUCCAUGUACCCCAAAGAACUGCACUCGCUAUUAUACCUCUGAGUACCACUAUGUGGGAGGCUUCUAUGGAGGCUGCAGUGAAGCUCUGAUGAAACAUGAGCUAAUUCAGAAUGGACCCAUGGCCGUCGCUUUUGAAGUAUAUGAUGACUUCAUUCACUACAGAGCAGGGAUCUACCACCACACAGGGCUAAAAGACAAUUUCAAUCCUUUUGAAUUGACCAAUCAUGCUGUUCUUCUCGUAGGCUAUGGCACUGAUGAAAAGACUGGCGAACAUUACUGGAUAGUUAAAAAUAGUUGGGGGACCUCUUGGGGUGAGAGUGGCUACUUCAGAAUCCGCCGAGGCACUGAUGAAUGUGCCAUUGAGAGCAUAGCUGUGGCUGCCACGCCAAUUCCCAGAUUGUGAGGCACUUCUUCAUUUAUCUCAGUCCAGCUCCACAGAUUAACUCAGGAACAAUUUAAAAUUUCACUGUAGCUUUUUUUGAAAGCUUCUAUGUAAAAUGUGAUGAAUCAUUUACUCUUAAAACUCAAAGGUGCCCACAAGUUCCAACCCCACUUUGGGUAGGGGUCUCUAUCAAAAAACCUUUUUACCAAGAACACUGUUAAAUUAUGUUUACAGGGUUAUAGAGAACAGUGGAGAAAUGAAUGCUAACAGUGAUUUGUAACUCAAGGAGUUGUUAAAAAUAAAUCGUGCCUUAUGUUUGUAAAACCACCAGAUUGUAUAAAAAUGGAUUUUGUUGUAUGAAUCAUGAGGGGAGCAAUUGUGAUCAUUAAAAGGGAUUUUAUUGCUUGAGAAAUGUUCAAGUGAAAGCUCAGACAUGUUACGGCUUGUAUAUUUCACAGAAUUUUUAUACAUAGAACUUUAAAAAUUACUGGAAGCAAAGGGACUCUUGUAUAAUUCAUUUUCACAAUCAAAGAACUGAAUUGUUUACUGAAUCUGUAUGAUGGAAGUCUGUCCUCUUCUUUGUCCCUUCCUUCACAGUAUUAAACAAUAACUGUAGUGAUUUCA